AUGGCCGUCGAUAUCCCCAACACCAGCUUAUCCGCAAACGACGCGCGCAUCCUCAACGCCCUCUUCGACCCAGAGACUCUGCCUUCAUCAGUCGCAAAAUCAAAAGACACAGCGGCAAUCGAUAAAUCGCUACCUGCACAUCCCAGCAUAUCGGCCUCGCAACUCGCACAUCUCGAGACGCAGCAAAAUGACAUCAUCCGCAAUGUUUCGAGUCGCUCCGACAGCGAAACAAUCGACGACGCGAUUGCGCAGCUCAACGCAACCGUGUUAGCAUGGCCAGACUAUGCAAGCGCCUACGUCAACCGCGCCAUGCUGCGCCGAAUGCGCAUAGAAGCGUCGCUGCAAGAAAGCCAGAACAUCUUCUCCGCGCCAAAGCAAGACAUCCAGGACCUCUUCCAGGACCUGUCACGUGCCAUUCAUCUCGCGCUGCCCGCCUCAUCGCCCAGCGCACCCGUGUCGGAAUACGCAGCGCGCAUCCUGCGCACGGCGUACUCGCACCGCGCGUACCUGUAUCUCAAGGCCGUCGAAACGGCAACUGAGCUGAAUGGGUUGGCCAAAAGCGAAAUCGAAGAGCUCGCGAGUAGGGAUUUCGCGGCUGCAGCGAGAUUUGGCGAUGAGGUUGCGCGCGAGAUGAGCGUUAGGACGAAUCCGUAUGCGAAGAUGUGCGGUGCUAUUGUGCGGAAUGCGCUGAGGGAAGAGCGCAAGGGUGAGGAGAGGCAGGAUUAA